AUGUCUCAGCGCACUAAGCCCUAUCGCCCUGGGGCCGGGCAUGUUGCAACCUGGAGAAGAUCCGCCCAGCCGCUUCAUCUCUCCGUCCUGUCAAAACCGCAAUCCCCUGAAGCCUGCAAUCCCGUCCUCUCCCCUUCCGUUCGCGCGUUGAGGUUCCGAUCAAACCAAACCAGACUGAAAUCAUCCGCCGCCACCGCUAUCCGCAAACCCCACGACCGCCAACUCCCGUCGGGCAAGGAUUCCACAACAGAGGCUGGGGCGCAUUCUUUAUCGCAACAUCAAGAUUCCUUGACCAUUGACCUACGAGACCCCCGCCAUCACCAACCGUCACGCUCGUUAAUAUCUUCUCUUGCUUCCAGCGUCGCUCUAUCGCUAAACCCCAAGCGGACCGUCUGUCGCGACAUCGCGACUCAAGUUAACACCAUGGGUCUCCGAUUGUACCAAGCGCCUGUUGAGUCCGACAUCCAAUUGAAGUCGGCGGCGGACAAGAACUCUGCCGAAGCUCGAUCCUCCAUCAGACGCAGCCGCCUUCAAAACUCCGAACGAGUGCAGCAACGCCGACGUCGCCUCGCUAUCACCGCUGCUAUCAACAGUGGCAAUGCCGCCGCUGCUGCUGGUAACAACCAUGACAACCUCAGACGCCGAUCCCCUCCAGCCGAACGAUCAAGCGGUUCGAACAGCGAUAGUAACAGCAACAAUGCGCCAAACAAUGCGGAAUCUAGUCGCGACACCACGCGUGACGGACCUAGUCGUAUAGGUGGUAUGCUCGAUGACCAGGUCAUUGCCUUGUUUGGCAGGCGGUUGGCUCACCUGCAUUCACUGUCCCAGUACCCAGGAGCCCUAACUGACAAUGAGGAUCCCGAACCCAACCCUUUCCUCGCGCAUAUGACCGCGGAACCACCUUUUGCACACAUGGCCGUUGAACCUGGCUUUCUAUCUCGUAGAGUGCCACCACCGCCACCACCGCCCGUAGAACCUCGUACAUCGUCUCAGAUGAACCGGGGCCCACCUCCCCCGAUCCGAGAACGCGCAGCUUUGCGCCGCAUCAGGGAUCGGACUGCGGACCGGGCCUCGUCUCUCUAUGGCACAUGGGGUAAUCCUUACCCUAGGCCUGACGCAAUUUCAGGUCGCCGCCGAGGUGAGCAGGCACCGUCUGUUGACGCGCCGCAAGUGGAUGGUUUGGGAGAUCGCAACCGGAGUUUCAGUCCCGAGGAUCUCAGUCCCGAGGAUCGCAGUCCCGAGCGCGAUCACGUCUGGGACAUUUUCACGACCACCCUGACGCCAGACCCGCUAACGCCCAGCUCUGGCUCUUCGUUUGCUUCCGUUUCGGCAUCUGCGGUUGCCUCGCAGAAUGCGGCGGCACCCUCUGUCGGGACUUCUGUCACCGUCCCGGAUGCGCCCGUAGAAGUUGCAGAAGCGGAACCUCCGUGUGAGUCGGGAGGUGAAAACUCCGACACGGAAGGUGAUGAGGAGGACGAGCUGGACGUGAACCCGCUUACUCGUUUUCCUCUAGCUCCUAGCUUGAACAGCAUUCGAAGGUCGUAUGCGGAUGUUACCCGCAAUGACAGCAGUGAUGAUUCUCUGGAGAUUUUGGGCGGUAUGGGAGGCCUGCAGCGCAUCGUGCGCAAUCUUGCUACGCGCGAGGAUGUCCCCGAUGAGUGGUGGGCUGAGGCUGGGCUCAGCCGGAUGCUUUCACGGGGUGCAUCUGGAAACUGAGAACAGUCAUUGCAGUGUCUGCGUGGGUGUUUUGAACUCAUGGCAUUUGCUCUCAAGAGCAAAACUGCUCGUGCAGUUAGUGAUGCACACUUGAUUCCCUGGAUUUUCUCUUCUCUUCUUUUUUUUUUCCUUGUCCUUUGGCGCAUACGGUGAGCGGCGUCAUGGUUUAUUUGGGUCUCCUUUUUCCUUGCCCACUCAUCGUCCUCAUUAUCGUCAUGUGACUGUUCAUGAUUUCAUCUUUUGAUUCCAUCAAAUUGGAUGAAAAGGAAGUUUCCUGAUAGGAAGACUUUGAUGGAAGAUUUUACGGCUGGGAGCGACCAGGUUAGACAGCAGCGUUGAAGCGGCGCUGUGCUGAUGUACUACAUGAUUUCCCGGUACAAACUGAGCGGAGGGCUUCCAACGGAUUGGGGAACCCAAAAAAAACAGAUAAAACAACAAUAGAUGGUACUGGUUGACGAAUGUCAGAGAGAAUUUCAAAGAUGAAUUUUUGUGGUUUAUAUCACUUGAGAUUGCUCAUACAGGUUGUGCGAGGCCAUGUUACAGAUCAAGGGCCCGUGAUUACAAUAUCAUACUUUUUGGUUGGUGCUACACACAGAAUAUCUGGCAUAGGGAAACAAUCUCGACAAACCAUGUGCGAAAUU